CAACUGGACCAAAUCCUGCAGCCCGAGGCAGCCGACCGGCUGGGGCGCAUCCGGCUCGUCAAGGAGCAGCGGGCGACCGAGGUGGAGAGCCGGCUGAUCAUGCUGGCGCAGUCGGUUAUGAUUGACGCGAGUGUGCAUACCCGAUGUUGGGGUGCAUACCCGAUGUUAGGGACUGAAGUCUCGACCGACUGCACCCUAGGAAUGCUUCGACAACGGCAAUGUCUAUAUCGAGGUGGCCGGCACGGUAGUCAAGGUCCCAGUGGUGAAAGUAGGAUUCUCGACAGCCUCUUCAUAAGUGCACAGAUAUAUGAUUAUGCCAUGCUAACUAACCCAAAUCUAUUAUUCCCAUCAUUGCUGUAA